UAUACGGGGUAGCUUUCAAUCAUGCCUGUGCAGCAAGUGGACAAAGUGGUCGUUCAUCCUCUCGUUCUACUCAGCGUAGUAGAUCACUUUAAUCGUAUGGCUAAAGUAGGUAGCCAGAGGAGAGUGGUAGGGAUUCUGUUGGGUUCAUGGCGGAAGGGAGUGUUGGAUGUUGCCAACUGUUUCGCUGUUCCGUUUGACGAAGACGAUAAGGAUCCGACCGUUUGGUUUCUGGAUCAUGAUUACUUGGAGAACAUGUAUGGAAUGUUUAGGAAAGUUAAUGCUCGUGAGCGGAUUGUGGGUUGGUAUCACACGGGUCCGAAACUCCAUCGAAACGACAUCGCUAUCGAUGAGUUUAUAAAACGAUAUUGCCCAAAUUCAGUUUUAGUCAUCGUUGAUGCACAACCAAAGGAAGUUGGUUUGCCUACUGAUGCGUAUAUAGCUGUUGAGGAAAUCCAUGAUGAUGGUACUCCGACGUCUAAAACAUUUGAACACGUAACAAGUGAAAUAGGAGCCGAGGAGGCAGAAGAAGUGGGAGUAGAACAUUUGUUGAGAGAUGUGAAAGAUACGAGCAUCGGGACAUUGUCACAGCGCAUUUGUAGCCAAGUUGGGGCUCUGAAGGGUCUCCUAGAGCAUCUACAAGACAUCCAAGAGUAUCUCAUGAAAGUGUGUGAAGGCCACCUGCCCAUCAACCAUCAAAUCAUUUAUCUGCUUCAAGACAUUUUCAAUCUUCUUCCUAAUGUCAGUUUGGAAGAGUUUGCCCAGAUGUUGGCCAUUCGAACCAACGACCAGAUGUUGGUCAUAUACCUAGCAUCUCUUGUACGGUCAGUGAUUGCAUUGCACAAUUUGGUAUCCAACAAACUGACCAAUAGGGAAGCCGAGAAGAAGGAAGGAGAGAAGAAAGAAGAGAAGGAGAAAGAAAAGGACAAAGAAAAGGAAAAAGACAAAGAAAAGGAAAAAGACAAAGAAAAGGAAAAAGGUAAAGACGAGGCAGAGAGUGAUGGCACCGGGUCACGACCGGCAACAUCUAAAUCAGGAAAACAGUAGAGACGUGGGCACUGAAUACAAUAAGGACUUGGAAAUUGCAUGCAUUGUCGCGUGGUAGGCAGUAGGAUUAAUUAGUGAUGAUAAUCUAUGAGAUAUCUGUCAGGAGGGAGAGGUUUGUGUAACAUUGCAUAACAAGAUCGUCGAUGUGCAAUUUGCAUGGUCUUCACAUGCCUUCCACUUUCAUGUACAGUACACGUGUCUUUCAUCUUUCAUGUAUAAUUU